CCUGCUCCAAUCCCAUCUGGCAAACGCCCAGACAGAGCCGCCUCGGCAGCAAGGGUGGGCUUCCCUGCUCACUGCCCCUUCUCUCCCUCCUGCUGCCUCCUCGGCAGCCUCGCUGCCCGGCCCUGGCGCUGCUUGCCAGGUUUCUCUAGCAAUGGGCCAUGUCGGACGGCUGCGGCGGCCUCCUCCCCACAGCCUCCCCACGCUGGCCAGCCUCCCGCCUGCCUCCCGCCUGCCUCCCGCCUGCCUCCCGCCUGCCUGCGCCGCCUUCCUCCACCGCCCUCCCCGAGACAGCCCAUGGCCGGACCCUGCUCGGCGCGGCUGCAGGGCGAAGCAGCUGCCUUCACCACCGCCCUCCGCACCCUGGUGAACAACCCUCAGUUCAGUGACGUGACAUUCGUGGUGGGCCGGGAGAAGCAGAAGGUGUUUGCGCACCGCUGCGUGCUGGCCUGCCGCUGCCAGGCUUUCCAGGGGAUGCUCAGCCAGGAGCCGGUGGGCAGUGAGGACACCCCCUGCAGCAUCCCAUCCCAGGGCCCCUUCAUCCUGGGCAACGUGCAGCCCGAGGUCUUCCUGGCUGUCAUCGAGUUCCUCUACACAAACAGUGUCACCCUCAACAGCCAUAUCGCGCUGGACGUGCUGACCUCGUCGGUGGAGUAUGGUCUGCAGGACCUGUGCAAGCUCUGUGUCAAGUUCAUCAAGGACACACUGAGCGUGGAGCAGGUCUGCGAGGCUCUGCAGGCUGCAGUGACCUAUGGGCAGGCAGACCUCCAGCAGCACUGCCUGGCCUUCAUCGAGGGCUGCACCACGGCAGUGGUGCGGACACGAGGCUUCCACGAGCUUUCCGACACAGUGCUGGCACGGGUGCUGCGCAGCGACCGCCUGGCCAUAGAUGAGCUGGACCUGGUGCAGGCUGUGCGGGAGUGGGCACAUGUCAGCUCGCAGGCCGUCCUGGAGCGCCCCGUGCCUGAGGUGGCCGCCCUGCCUGUGCGGGAGCUGCGCCUGGCCUUGCUGUCACCCAGCGAGCUGGUGAUGCUGGAGACCCACAACCAGAAGGAUCUGCUCAUCCCGGUGGAGAGCAUCGCAGCAGCCUGGCGGUCCCACGCACUGCGGAAGGGCAGUGGGGUCCCCUCACGCCUCUGCCGGCCCCGGAGUGGCACACGGCCCCGUGACCACCACCGUCACCUGGACCCUCACGCCAAGUAGGGGCCAGUCACCGAGGUCCCGCCAGCCUGACCCAGGGGCUCGGGCAGCGGUAGUGCCCCCCCCCCUCCGCCCCGCUGGGCAGUGCCCUCCCCACCCCCCCCACCCCUUCCCCCCCAGUGGGGCAGGCUGUGGGGCUGGGCGCUGCCAGAGGUGCUGCCGUGGCCAAGAGCAUCGAUAAAGCGUUUUGCCCCAUGCUACGGCCUUGGGGCCAGGACAGGAUGCCCGAGUCACCCCAAGAAGUGGUGCAGGGGCUGGGUGGGGGGGGGAAGUGUUGGAGCUGGGCCAUGGGUGGGUGCAAAGACACCCAGCCGCCGCGGCGCCCACACACAGCCCGAGGUGUGGCGGGGCUGCAGAGGUCCCUUGCGGGAUGGGGACACGGGAUGAGCCCCCCCCCCCCCCCCUUUUCCCAGCCCCACUGCUGCCCCCCCCCCGCCGGGCGCUGUGCUGGGGCCCUUCCCCGGGGCCGUGCUGCCCUCCUCCGGCAGCGGGGCCGUGCUGCAUCAGGCGGCGAGUGCUGGCACGGGCCUGGGCAGGGGCACAGCCCUCCACCCCGUGGCGGCGGUGGGGAAGGGGCUCAGCGAGGGGGGAUCCUGGGACUGGGGAGGGGCAAGCGGGGGGGGGAGACCUCGGCAUCUGUGCACCCACCCAGCACCACUGCACCAACGCUAGAGACCCCCUCCCCGACCCCCCCCCCCCCAGUCUCGGGGGGGCACGCCACGCUGCCAGCCCCGCCCCGUCCCGUCCCCCCCGUGGCACACACACCUCUCCACAGUGCGCACCCCCCCCCCCCCCGCACACCCCAUUG